AUGUCUCACGACAGCGUUCCGCAACAUAACGCUCGCGUUCUCGAAGAAGAACGUCAUGCUAUCGCUGACAAUCUUGCUGAACAAGAUACAAUUCGUCGUUGUGACGCUGAACACGCCGCGUCUGAACUGAAACAUGAGCAAAAAGUUGAAGCAAAAAAACUGGAACAUUUACACGAGGAAGCGAAACACAAUGCCAAGCAUUUGUCUGCCGAAGCGAAGCAAACCGCCGAAAAUCUGAAAAAAGAUGCCAAAGCCACGGCGGAAAAACUCAAACUCUAA